CAAUGACAAUAUAUGACUGUAAUUGAGAGAACAUAUUGGAAGAAUGUCUAUUAUUGUUGUAAUUUUCUCUGUUUUCAUCUGUCAUAUCUCAAGUACUGACGUUAUGCUUCAAUAUGAGGCGAGUGAAGUCACAGGAGAUCAAAUGCCUGACCAGGUCAAUGUAACUUUUAGCACAGAAACAAAAUCUCUAACCAAACUUAAUCUCAGACGCUCGCGGCAUUUUAACCUCGAUAUUCCUUUGUAUACUUUGGACACCAACCAGGAAGGAAUUUUCCAUAGACAUAAAGUGAAAACCAGACCCAAAAAGCGCCAGAAGAAAAAACUGUGAGAAUGAAUGCCAUCAACAUUAGAGACAUUCAUAUGAAAAGCACAGGUCAUAAAUCUAACCGGUCAAAACUGAGGUCAGUCCCACAAAGCCGACGUCGCCGGAACGUAGUGCAGGACUACUACCCACAAAGCAGACGUCGCCGGAACACAGUGCUGGACUACUACCCACAAAGCAGACGUCGCCGGAACACAGUGCAGGACUACUACCCACAAAGCAGACGUCGCCGGAACACAGUGCAGGACUACUACCCACAAAGCAGACGUCGCCGGAACACAGUGCAGGACUACUACCCACAAAGCAGACGUCGCCGGAACACAGUGCAGGACUACUACCCACAAAGCAGACGUCGCCGGAACACAGUGCUGGACUACUACCCACAAAGCAGACGUCGCCGGAACGCAGUGCAGGACUACUACCCACAAAGCAGACGUCGCAGGAACACAGUUCUGGACUACUACCCACAAAGCAGACGUCGCCGGAACGCAGUGCAGGACUACUACGUAGACGUGGUGGCGAUGAUUGACUACAAACGCUACUCCAAGUUCUUAGCACAAGCUAACUACAAUAACUUCACGGCAAUGCAGACUAUUCUAGAGUACUAUGCUUUAGUAUUUAGUGGGGCCGAUAUGCUGUAUGAAGCCAUCAAACAUCUAGAGUAUACGAUUCAUAUUCUACUGAGUAAAGUAUACGUUCUUCAGACGGUCGCUUCUUCAAGUUUUAUAGACAGGGACGCUAGUUACGAUGAGAUGAAUGCGGACACAGCGAUAGAUAAUCUACAAGCAUUUAACAUAGGCUCUGGGAGUAGCAUCGUUGGUAUUUAUGAUCACGUGAUGCUGUUAACAGGGUAA